CGCUUUAACAAGUGCUGAUCCAGCCCGGAAAGCUUCUUUUCGUGCCCUUCGGACUUCCUUUUCGAAUACUGCUCGUUCAUGUGUUUGCCGCUCCUUAAGAGCGUGCAAUUCCUCCAUUAAAGACUCUAGCCGUUCACUGACUCGUCGUUCUCGUGAAUUCGCCUCUGAAAGUUCAGCAAGUGUUGCCUGAAGCGAAGCCUCCGCUUCUUCACGACCCAGUAUCGCCCUGUGAAGGGCGGCUGUGGUGGUCGAGGAAGGAUGCGACGGAGCUGGACUGCUAGCCCUUGAAAGUUGAUUUAGAAAUGCCACUUUCGCUUGGACAUCAGAGUUCGUGCGUGUAUGCUUGUGCUGGAGCGGAGAAAGCUCAGCAGGGUGUACUGGAUGACCGUUCAUCUUCUGCUGAUUGAUGCGCUCUGGAGAGACGGGGUGAAGAACAGGCCCAGGCGAUGCCUGAAAUUUAGGUAUGGGAUCCAUCAGCGAGGAUGAGGUACUGAAGUUAUGGGAAUCAGAGUUUCGAUUGUUAAGGCCCCCCGAAGGCAACAUGUGUGACAGCGCUAUUGACGAGAGCAAUCGUCGGAAUUGAAAUGUGGCAUGAAAAUUGAAAUCUUGUACUGCGGUGACAUCCUUGUCGUGCGCUUUUACGUUACUUUCGGAUGUGUUGUUGACAAAGGUGGGUGGUUCACUCCGGUUGCUGGGCAACGCAUCCGAGCUAUGGGAAACUCUUUUGGGAAAUUGAAUUACUCUUUUUAGGAAAUAUAGUCACAUGAUAUUUCUAACCACGUGACAUCUCUGCCCCUCCUGUUUUUCACGCUCGAGUAUAUGUCUAUUGCAACGAAGCUCGCGCGAUACAUGCCCUCCUCCUUUCUUCAAUAUUCCGUAACGCUGAAACCUGACUGCUGGCUCCUGUGAGAUGACUCUAUUACUGUGUUACUAACUGUGGCGAAUUAUUCAAACCUGGAAAAUUAUGGAACACGACAAGUCCACCCCCGCACAGACUGAUAUCAAGAAACAGAGCAUUGCCCCGAAAAUUUAAACUUAGUAUAUUAAAGAUUGGCGGUUUAUUUGCGUAGUAGCAAUGCAUGAGAUUAUAACGCUACAGCUUGGUCAGAGGAGUAAUUACCUCGCGACCCAUUUUUGGAACUUCCAGGAAUCGUACUUUACAUACUCCGCGGAUGAGGAAUCCCCUGUUGAUCAUGACGUUCAUUUCCGUCCGGGGAUUGGUGCAGAUGGGGCUGAAACCUUCACCCCUCGAACUGUAAUCUAUGAUCUGAAAGGCGGCUUUGGCACGCUGCAGAAAUAUAAUGCUCUUUAUGGCUUGGAAGAAGAUGCUGGAUUGCCUAGGGGCUUAUGGGAUGGCAAUAAGGUCGUGCAUCGCCAGCCCGCCAUUCCACAGACUGAGUACCAGAAAAAUUUAGAUGUUGGACUCCCGCUACCUCAACUCACAGCUGAGUCAGUACGGUACUGGUCAGAUUUUAAUAAAGUGUACUAUCAUCCCAAGUCUAUUGUUCAGUUAAAUGAAUAUGAGCUCAAUUCUCAGUUGAUGCCCUUUGAGAACUGGGAAAUUGGUGAAGAUCUGUUCCGAUCUCUAGAUCGCGAGCACGAUAUUCUCGACAGGGACUUUCGGGCUUUCGCAGAGGAAUGUGAUCAGAUGCAAGGUAUCCAGAUCUUCUCCGGAACUGAUGAUGCUUGGGGAGGCUUUGCCGCCAGAUAUGUGGACAGAUUGAGAGAUGAGUUUGGAAAGAAAAGUAUAUGGUUCUGGGGACUAGAAGACGGGUCAAGGGUUCAACGUCAAAAGCAAACCGUAUCCAACGCCAACUCGGCAAAGUCUGUCAAUGAAAUAUCUCCGCAAACAUCAGCCUAUAUCCCCAUUUUGGACCCCCCUCAAAACAUACCAGAAUAUGUGCACUCUGACCUGCGAUCAGAGUGGUAUUCCUCCGCCCUCGUUUCCACCGCUGUAGAGAGUGUUGGUUUACCUACACGCCUCCGAUCUCACCGGGGGGCUAGUUUCUGGCUGCCAGCGCAAGAGCGUCCGCAAAAGAUUUUCAGUCUCCAAGCCGCCAUUCUCUCAGAACAUCAACCAGAGUCCGACAAAACCCCUGACCAAGAUCGUAAAACAUUAAUAGCGGAAGAUGAGGUCGAUGAAGACGAAAUCCUUCUUAAAGGAUUCGAUCUUGAUUUCUCUUGGUCUAGUUCCGCGCGUGCUAAAAAGCUGCACGUUUUUGGCCAAGUUCAAAUCAGUCGUGGAUUCGAUGCGCAAACAAAUCUUGCGUCAAAACCCCCAAGCCAGCCAAGUGUUAUCCAUUCGUUAAGAUUGCCAGGAGCUCUACAGACAUACCACACUCGCCUUACCCUCCCGCUCCUUGACAGUUUCCCCGGUGAUCUAUUUACAGGCAGAGGCGCUGCAAGCUCCGGGCUGAGCAUCCGUGCGUCCCUCUCUACGACAACCGAAAUUGGGGACAAAGUGAAGGAUUUACAGAAGGUCGCGUCCAGGUUAAUAGGGAUCGAUGAACGAGAAGCGUUGAUCAAUGGGCUAGGAGAGAUUUCCGAGGCUUAUCAGGGACGAUGGGAAAGCGAUUCUGAUUCCGGAGAUGAUUACUGAACUGUUCUACUUUUAUGCUUUGGCCACUUGGAAAAUUGUUUCGUGCUCUUGCACAUGGCUAGUUACUGCGGUUGUAUAAUUAAGUCGAUUCCGGCAAUCUAUGACCUGCUUUUUGUCGCUAAGGUACUGGAACAAUGCAUUCCCCUGCCUAGGGGGGCCAGGUGGACAUGGAUAGAAAACAACACUUAGCCAUCCAAACCCAGGAUCUACUAUUACUACAUAUACUGUACCGUACCUCAUGCUCAACGUUGGGUUUGAUGCAGAUAAAUAUUGUUUAGGGUGCAGCGGCAAAAGAAGCACAUAGGGGACGACAUAGUUUGCAGGGUUUCGAUAAGCUCUAAAGUAAUUCAUACGUUGGAGCUAGGUCGUAGGUCUUUCUGGCCACCGAUUUUAACUACAUACUCGCUGGUCUGCCAUUUGCAUUCUGGCCCUUAAUCAGCCGCCCUUUGCCUCCCUUUGUUCUGCCAUACUCUGUAUAUGUAGUUAGUGGUGCAUAUAACUUAAUAAUUCAAUCUCCAAACCAAGUUAAUAUGUAAAACAUGUCCGAUU